UAUAAAAUGAGACAAUUGUGAUUGGCUGAAGUACGCACUACGCGUACACACUCGUACGUAUCGGUUGGUAUCUGUCAAAGGCGGGCUUCGAUGAGGUUAGUUAAGGAAAACAAAAUUUUCACUGCGUAAAUGUCUUCCACUUAAGAAAUCUACGUGUUUCACUAAUAUGUCACACAAUAUCCUAAAAUCUAUGGGGCAUGGAUUUUGCGAUGCCAUCUUUUCCAGUUCACCUAUUAAUUUUGAUAAGGAAAAUACAAAUUCUCUUAACAAAACAGAAAAGAUAUGUUCUGGGGUAUUUAACACACCUCAAAAAGGGACUGAAAAUUCAAAUGGAAACAAAUGUUUAAAACGCGAUAAACGUAAAAUACUGCUUGAUACUGAAGCAGUUAAAAAUUCGAAGUUGACAAGUACACCUUCUAAUGCAAAUCUUGUUUGCUCCAAGUCUACAAAUGCACUUCAGGGGAAACCAAUUUUGUUUCCUGAAAAUGCAGUACCUAAUGAAAAAUAUAAAACUUCUAAAGUAGUGUCUACUACUUCAUUAAAUGAUAAGACAGCUACUCUACAUUUUUGCACACCUAAGCAAUAUAAAUUACGUACUGUUGUAAAUAAUACAAAAAUGAAUGUUUUACCUUUAAGUAGAACACCUGUAAAACAUUAUUUUAUCGACAAUGCUUUGUCUGAAGCUACUCCUGAUUGUUUUAAUACAGUACAAGUAGAAACACCAUGUGCUAAAACACAUGAAAUUUGUAUAGAAGAUCAAACAGUGUGCGAUGGUGAAAGUAGUAAUUUAAUUGUGGGAAUACGUGUUAGACCUUUAAAUGCAAAAGAAUUAAAUGACUCAAAGAUUACAUCAGUUGUACAAGUAAAUGGUCAGAAUGUUAUUGUUAACUGUGAUACUAUUCAACAUACUUUCAUGUAUGAUCAUUGCUUUAUGUCACAUGUUGAUGCAACUAAAUCUGACCAUGCCAAUCAAGAAACUGUAUUUAAAAGCAUGGUUUUACCAUUAGUACAGAAUGCAUUUGAAGGCUACAAUGUUUGUUUGUUUGCUUAUGGACAAACAGGUUCUGGUAAAAGUUACAGUAUGAUGGGUCAAGAAUCACUACAGAUGAAUUUAACACAGUUUGACGAAGCAACCGGUAUUAUUCCAAGAUUUUGUCAAGAACUAUUUACCAGAAUACACGGAAAUGUAAACACUAAAACAACAGUAGAAAUUAGUUACUUUGAAAUUUAUAAUGAGAAAAUACAUGAUCUAUUAACGAAUGUUAACAAUGGGGUAAAGAGAGCUCCUCUAAAAGUGAGAGAACAUCCUGUUUUUGGUCCUUACAUUGUUGAUUUAAGUCAACAUUGUGUACAGAAUUAUAAAGACUUACAGACUUGGCUGAAAGUAGGUAAUUCACAACGAGUUACUGCAGCAACUGGAAUGAAUGAAAAGAGUUCAAGAUCUCAUAGCAUAUUUAGUAUAAUAUUAACACAAGCACAACAAAGUAUUCAGGUAAAUGAAGAACCAACAGAUGCUAGUCGUCGUAGUAAAAUUAAUUUAGUAGAUUUGGCGGGUAGCGAGAGACUAAGUCAAACUUGUGCCAGUGGAGAUAGACUAAAGGAGGGUGUAUCCAUUAAUAAAUCAUUGCUCACAUUAGGAAAAGUAAUUGCGUCUCUUGCUGAAAAUAUGAAUAAUCGGAAACGAGGUUUUGUUCCAUAUCGUGAGUCGGUGCUUACAUGGCUGUUGAAGGAAAGCCUUGGAGGAAAUUCCAGAACAGCGAUGCUUGGAACCGUGUCACCGGCUAACAUACACGUGGAGGAAACGCUUUCGACCCUUCGAUACGCUUGUCAAGUCCGAGCAAUCGUUAAUCGUAUUCGAAUCAACGAAGAUCCACAUGAAAAGUUAAUUCGCGAGUUGAAAGCCGAAGUAUCGCGAUUACGCGGUGUUCGCGAAGGGUACGAAAAACAAAUCGGCGGUUUUCCUCGUCGUCUUCUGGAUUCCAUAGAACCGAUCACUGAAAAUAAUGAUGAAAUGAAACAAAAACAACGAGAAAUCGAUAAACUGAAGAAUCAACUGAAGAAAACCGAGGAACAACUUGCAACCACCCAGAUGACUUGGCUAAAAAAAUUACGGGAAACCGAGGAGAGGAAAAAUUCCGAGUUAAUGUACUUGCGUCGCUGCGGGAUCGCCAUUGAGAUUGAUAUUCACGAGAUUGACGAUCAACCUUGUCUUAUAAAUCUCGCGGCCGAUCCUAUAUUGUCUGGUACACUUUUGUAUCUGAUACCUCCGGGAUUGGUCCGCAUCGGCAAAAAUUCUAGGACGGAAAGUUCUUCCGAAUCUUUGGAUAUCAUGUUGGAUGGACCACUGGUUAGGCCUCUACACUGUACCAUUGAGAAUAGUAGCGGAAAACUUGUAUUGUCACCGGAAAUGGAUGGGGAUACGUAUGUCAAUGGACAGAUUGUAACUGGUAAAGUUAUUCUCAAGCAUGGCGAUCGUCUCGUGAUCGGUGGAAAUCACUACUUCAAAGUUUCGAAUCCGCGCAACGAACACAGCAAUGUACAAAUUUCUGCACAAGCUGUGGAUUACGAAUUUGCUCACCAAGAAAUUCUUAAAGUACAAGAGGAAAAACUAAGAGCCGAGUUAGAAGAAAGUAAACAGAAGGCGAUAAAAGAAUUGGAAAACGCAAAGCGAGAAGUUGAAGUACAAUUGGGAUCUCAAAAGUUGACAUACGAACGUAAGAUUGAAGUUCUUGGUUCUACAGUUGAAGAGCAAAAGUUUGCGUUAGAACAAAUCAAUCAAAAAAGGAAAGAAUUGGAACUAGAAAAAGAAUUACUUGCAAACGAAGUUAAAAUUAACAAUAGGUUAAAACAGAUACAUUCGGAACAAAAAAAAGUUACUGUCUCGCCGUAUAAAUCGAACUUUUUACAAGAAUUGGAAAGUAUUUUAACUGAAGAAACAGCUGAUGCGGAAUUCGCUCUUAAGAUGAAAGCCAGUACAGAUGCGAUAAAUGAUGGUGGUAUUACUUUACAUGAAAUGCAAUUAUUGGUGAGAGAAGCUACUGAGCGUUGCCGAGAAGUUGGUAUCAAUUAUGAAUUUGAUCAACAGCAAGUAAUUGUGAAUAAAAGUUUGAGGCCAGUGAUUCGUAUACGUAACAAAGAUUCCAUGAAAGAAACGCUUUUGCAGCCAAUGCGGUUUUUAAGUUGGGUUCAUCGUUUACGAGAUUAUGAUAUAGAAGAUUCCAUAAAAGAACUGUGUACAGCGUCUGACACAACUUGGGAAGCUUACGAAAAUACGGAAACUUUUGAGGAUUCCUUAAAUAGUAGUCGAAUUUCAAUAAAUAUGACACCAGUAAAAAAGUACUUAAACGAGAGUUUGCAACAGCUGUCUCUAGACGCGUCUAUACUCGGAAGUACAUUCGUCGAUCAAACAUUCGACAAUUCUAAAAAACAAGAAACUAUAAGCAGCUGCCUUGAACAAAUGGAGUUCACUGCACGAAAUUUACGCAAAUUAUGUGAUAAAAGUGGCGGAAAUGCAGUUACGGAAUGUCUUAAUGACGUGCAAAAUAGUAUCGAUAGACUGCGCGAAACUUUAGAAAUACAAGGCUUAUGUAAAUGCACAAAUGAAAGUGCAAAUUAUGAAAAAAAUUGUGAUAGUAUUAUACUUGAAAAAUCUAGUAGCAUUGAUUUAACUUUUCCAGAAGAUAAUAGUACAAAACCUGUUUCUUCACCUGUAAAGUCUACUUUACGUAAUAAUAUUAAAAGUCUUGACAAAAUCACUCAGAAGAGCGUGAGAUUUACUGAUAAAAAGAAGUGA